UUGCAUGCUCUAGAUGAACACUUUGCAGAUGGUGGUUCUUACAGACACCGGUGAAGGCUGGUCUGCGUGAAAAUACUGGCUGAGGAGUCAGGUGUGCUCGACAAGGAGUGGUGCCCCUUGGGAAGAAAGCUCUGAUUAUUAAUGGAAAAAUAAUACUGGAACAGAAUGUUGCUUACCUUUUGCCUGAAAAGGUGAAAUCUUUUCAAACAGAAAUGGCUGAUAAGGGUGGAAAGAUCCUUCCAGGACAAUUGUACAUUCAAGUGGAAUACGACUAUGAGUACGAGGCAAAGGACAAGAAAAUUGUGAUUAAGCAAGGGGAGAAAUACAUCUUAGUGAAAAAAACUAAUGAUGAUUGGUGGCAGGUCAAAAGAGAUGAAAAUUCCAAACCCUUUUAUGUGCCAGCACAGUAUGUGAAGGAAAUACCCCGAAAAGCACUGAUGCCACCUGUGAAACAGGCAAGCAUGCUGCCAAAUAACACUUUGAAGUUAACACAUGGAUUACAGAGAUCGACGGAAAAUGUGAAUAAGUCACCAGAGCUGUCUAGUUUUGGAAAAUCUCCAGUUCAAGUGUCUUGCUUAGUUCGAGAUGCCAAUCAAAAUCUGGGACCAAACAAUACCCCUGGUCAAACUCUUGGUUUGAGUCUGGACCUUACCCAAAACAAUGGAAAACUUAACAACGAGUUGCAAUCUCCCAAGGUUUCCAAUCAGUUUAGAACCAUCUCCAUGGGUCAUUUCCCAUGCCCAGAGUUCUUGGAAAUAGAGAAGACCAGCUUUUUGCAUGAACAAUCUUGUGAUUCAGCAGGAGAAGGCUCAGAAAAAAUUCACCAAGAUUCAGAGUCUGGAGAUGAACUCAGUAGUAGCUCCACGGAACAAGCACAGCCAACUACUCCACCAAGCCAAGGGAGGCCUGAUUCACCAGUUUAUGCUAAUUUACAAGAACUGAAAAUAUCUCAAUCUGCACUUCCACCACUACCUACAAGUGCUCCAGUCCAAAUAAAUGGGGAAUGGGAAACCCAUAAAGAUACAACAGGACGCUGUUAUUACUACAACAGAGGAUCACAGGAGCGAACCUGGAAACCUCCGCGGUGGGCCCGAGAUGCAAGCAUUAAUAAAGGGGAUUCCCAGAGCCAUGCAGAUCAUGAGCAUCUUUCAUCAGAAGAAAACGACCACAGUUCUUGUUACAGCCAGUCAGAUAGUCAGUAUGGUUCUCCUCCAAAGGGUUGGUCAGAAGAGUUGGAUGAACAUGGUCAAACCCUAUAUACCAAUGACUAUACUAAUGAAAAGUGGAUAAAACAUGCAGAUGAACAAGGUAGACCAUACUACUACAGUGCUGAUGGUUCCCGAUCAGAAUGGGAGCUACCUAAGUAUAAUGCUUCACCACAGCAGCAGAGAGAUAUAAUAAAGAGUAGGAGUCUGGACAGGAGGCUACAGGAACCAAUAGUUUUAACAAAAUGGAGGCACAGCACAAUUGUGCUGGACACCAAUGACAAGGAAUCAUCAACUGCUUCUAAGACCAACUUUCCUGAAAAUGAGUCCUCUCCUUCUUCACCAAAGCAUCAAGCCACAGGCCAAGAAAAGUAUGGUUUAUUAAAUGUGACAAAAAUUACAGAAAAUGGGAAGAAAGUUCGAAAGAAUUGGAUGUCAUCAUGGGCAGUGUUACAAGGGUCGUCACUGCUGUUCACUAAAACCCAAGGAAGUGGAACUGGCUGGUCAUUUUGCCAAGUGGGCUCAAUUCCUGAGCUCUUGCUCUCGCUGCUUUCUUCUUGGAAAAAUGCUCUCAGUCGUCGACCUGCUGUCACCUAUGUAAACUCUGCCCAAGUUUCAGCUAUCACUAAGUUUGGUGUCAAUCAGUCUAAGCCAGAAUUUACAGUGGAUCUCAAAGGGGCGUUGAUUGACUGGGCCUCAAAAGACAAAUCCAGCAAAAAGAAUGUUAUUGAGCUAAAAACCCGCCAAGGAACUGAACUCUUAAUUCAAUCUGAUAAUGACGGCUUUAUUAAUGAAUGGUAUAAGGUUCUUAACUAUACCAUCAAUAAUCAGGUAAUAGAGCCUGAUGAACCAUUAGAAGAUGAGGUACCAGAUUCUCCUGGGGUGGAAAAACAAGACAAAGAGAAAGAGAAGGAGAAUAAAGACUCUAAGAAGCUUCGUUCAGUGAAAGCACCUAGCAAUAUAGAUUCCACAGAUCAGAAAAAGACCAAAACGAAGCUCAAGAAGUUUCUUACACGGCGCCCUACGUUACAAGCCGUCCGUGAAAAAGGCUACAUUAAGGAUCAAGUUUUUGGUUCAAAUCUCACCAGCUUGUGUCAAAGAGAAAACGGCACGGUGCCAAAGUUCGUGAAGCUGUGCAUUGAGCAUGUUGAGGAACAUGGAUUAGAUAUUGAUGGCUUAUACAGAGUUAGUGGCAAUCUUGCAGUGAUACAGAAGCUAAGAUUUGCAGUCAACCAUGAUGAGAAACUGGACUUGAAUGACAGUAAAUGGGAAGAUAUUCAUGUCAUCACAGGAGCUUUAAAGAUGUUUUUCAGAGAAUUGCCAGAGCCCCUGUUCACUUACAAUCACUUCAAUGACUUUGUCAAUGCAAUUAAGCAAGAGCCAAGGCAGCGUGUCCCUGCUGUUAAAGAUUUAAUCAAACAGUUGCCAAAACCAAAUCAGGACACUAUGCAGGUACUCUUUAGACAUCUGAAGAGAGUCGUAGAAAAUGGAGAAAAGAACCGAAUGACCUAUCAAAGUAUAGCGAUAGUUUUUGGUCCAACCUUAUUAAAACCAGAGAAAGAGACUGGUAACAUAGCAGUCCACACAGUAUACCAGAAUCAGAUUGUAGAGUUAAUUCUACUGGAAUUGAAUUCCAUCUUUGGACGCUGACGUUUUUCUUGAAGUAGAAGCUGGAAGUGAUGAGUUGGCAGCGGUACUCCAUCAGAAGGAAUUAUUUUAUGUUUGUGGACCAAGCAGCAACUCAUUUUUUGCACUUUUGGGGGGGGAAGAAACAGGAGAAAUGUUUGACCACUUUAAUGCAAAUUAAAGACAACACUUUGGAUUUCUUUGAGAAGUUCAAUGUAAAAAGUGAAUUGAAAAGUUUAUAGUUUGCCUUUUUCAAGUAGCAUUGGAAAAAUGUAAUAUAGGUUCAUACACUGGAGUUCUCGGAGAGUAAAGCCAUUAAUCUCAAACUGGAUAAUCUGGAAUUUAAUCUCAAAAUUCUUCCACUUGGUAGGGAAAAAUCCUGCCAAAUAGUAUGGAAAAAUUCAGUGAAGAAACAUCUUAAGCUUGUGUAUUACAACCUACUCAGAUCUCUAUGACACUUUUCCAAGGGGUUUCUGCAUGUGGUGCCUGUCUUGGACUUGCGCUAACAGUUUGGUUUAGUUAUUCAAAUCUGAUGCUUCACUUGGUAUCUGCUGCCCCUUUUCCUUCUUUUUUUUUUUUUUUUUCCUUUUCCCCCCUUUUUCUGUUGUUUUUUUUUCCGCUUCUCUUUAUUUCCUUUUUUUUCCCCAGCAACCUUUCUAGAAGUUCUUAGCUGCUUCAUAGAGCAGCACACUAUUACACUAUUUCAAACACUGAACUUGUAAGAAUAUCCAGCAAUGGAUAUGGCUUAUGGCAUAACAUAAGUAAUAUUUAAUAAACAUGUUCAUUUUUUCAGGGUAUUUCUUGAGCUAAGUUUUGUGUUAUACUGGUCUAAAUCUGAAGUCCUAAGUAAACACCGACUGUAACACUGUAUUGAGUUCAUGGUAUAAUGCUGUGGUAGUGGAAGUUCAUUCUUGAUGUAAAUACGGGCUGUCCUUUUAAUUCUUGUAUAUAAUUCAGUCCCUGUAUAGUUUAAGAACACUUUAGUCACACAUUUCUAAUCAUGGGUAGAUUAGCUACAGUAGCAUAAUGUUUCCAGUGGAUGUCUGGGUUUCAGCAGGGAAACAGGUUAUGGGGAGGGAGGGAAUCUAACUGUGUGCACUUUUAGAUGUUAAUUACAUUUGCAGGCAAAUAACUGUAAUGCAAAUGGUACUGGAGAAAUACUGAGUGUGCUUGCUAAAUGGUUAAUGCACUACAAGAGGAGCCUUUUAGGUUAUUUAAUAUGUACAGGAUACAUUAGAAAAAUGUAUUAUGAAUUCUAACACCUACAAAUAGUGAAAGUCAUGUUUUGAUAGAUAGAUAUUUGGUGGAAUCCAUGAUGCUAAAUUUAAGAUUUUCUUUUUACAUUAAUGUAGAAUAAUUUGUAAAAUUGGUUUUGAAAGAUUUUGUUACACGGAGCAUGGUCUGCUGAAGAUUUUUUUAAAUGUAUUUUUCUAGACUAACUGCUGUAUCUGACAUAUUUGUUAUGUCUAACCUGAAUAAAGAAAACCAAUAGUUCUUUUAGA